UCACCGGUCUAUAAGAGGAAUCGGGGUUUCCUUUCCUGUGCUCACCCCAGCCACCCUUCUGCUCCAUUCUCAGGGUAGCAACUGUUAAAGAGCUUGAGGGGAAACAACCUCUCUGUUUCAUCUGCGUCCGUGCGCAUGCGGAUUGCUAGUUCCAGCUUUUGAGGUCUAUAUAUAGUCAGCGGUGAUUGAUACUACAGAGGUGCCAAUAUGGGGACUUUGCAGAAGACCACCUUUGUUCUCCUCAUGUUCUGCUUGGCGGUGUUGGGAGGAGCGGACACUCCCAAGUACAAGGAUCCAAAGCAGCCUCUGGCUGUUCGCAUCAAGGAUCUGCUCAGUAAGAUGACUCUCGCUGAAAAGAUAGGCCAGAUGACGCAAAUUGAGAGGGAAAAUGCCACUGCUGAUGCUAUAUCCAAAUACUUCAUAGGUAGUGUACUGAGUGGUGGAGGCAGUGUGCCUUCUCCUCAAGCGUCUGCUGAGGAUUGGGUUAAAAUGGUGAAUGAAAUGCAAAAAGGCGCUCUUUCUACCCGCCUAGGUAUUCCAAUGAUCUAUGGUAUUGAUGCUGUGCAUGGUCACAAUAAUGUCUACAAAGCUACUAUCUUCCCACAUAAUGUUGGGCUGGGAGCUACCUGGGACCCUAUGCUGGUACAGAGGAUAGGAGAAGCAACUGCUCUUGAAGUUAGAGCUACAGGAAUUCCUUAUGUGUUUGCUCCAUGUAUUGCGGUUUGUAGAGACCCAAGAUGGGGACGCUGCUAUGAAAGCUAUAGUGAAGACCCAAAGGCUGUCCAGUCAAUGACCACACUUAUCUCUGGUUUGCAAGGCGAAGCUCCAUCAGGUUUUGCGGGAAGACCAUAUGUUGGUGGAAGUAAGAAAGUUGCUGCAUGCGCAAAGCACUAUGUUGGUGACGGUGGUACAUUUAUGGGGAUCAAUGAGAACAAUACAAUCAUCGACAAACGUGGGCUAAUGACUAUCCACAUGCCUGCUUAUUAUAACUCUAUCAUCAGAGGUGUCUCUACUGUUAUGGUCUCGUACUCUAGUUGGAAUGGACAGAAAAUGCACGCCAACCAUUUCCUGAUCACUGAUUUUCUCAAGAACAAGCUCAAAUUUAGGGGCUUUGUGAUUUCAGACUGGCAAGGCAUCGAUCGGAUUACUACCCCUCCGAAACUAAACUAUUCAUAUUCCAUUGAGGCUGGAGUUGGUGCCGGUAUUGACAUGAUCAUGGUUCCUUUUGCCUACACAGAAUUCAUUGAUGAUCUGACAUCCCAAGUUAAGAACAACAUUAUCCCCAUGAGCAGAAUUGAUGAUGCUGUCUAUAGGAUCCUUCGGGUCAAGUUCACUAUGGGUCUAUUUGAGAACCCUUAUGCCGAUCCAAGCCUCGCUGGUGAACUCGGCAAGCAAGAACACCGAGAAUUAGCUCGUGAAGCUGUCAGGAAAUCCUUGGUGUUGCUGAAAAAUGGGAAAUCUGCCUCCACUCCGUUGUUGCCUCUCCCGAAGAAGGCCGGUAAGAUCCUCGUCGCUGGAAGCCACGCUGACAACUUGGGCAACCAGUGUGGAGGAUGGACAAUCACAUGGCAAGGAGUGACCGGCAACGACAAAACUGCCGGCACGACGAUCCUUUCGGCGAUCAAGUCCACCGUCGACCCCAGCACGGAGGUGGUCUUCUCGGAGAACCCCGACAGCAGCGCCGUGGACAGCGGCAAGUACGACUACGCCAUCGUGGUGGUCGGCGAGCCCCCCUACGCUGAGACGUUCGGCGACAACCUGAACCUGACAAUCCCGGCGCCUGGCCCUUCGGUGAUCCAGACCGUCUGCAAGAGCGUCAAGUGCGUGGUGGUGCUCAUCUCCGGCAGGCCGCUGGUAGUGGAGCCCUACAUCGGCGCCAUCGACGCGUUCGUGGCCGCGUGGCUGCCCGGCACAGAGGGCCAGGGCGUUGCCGACGUGCUGUUCGGCGACUACGGGUUCACCGGGAAGCUGGCGAGGACGUGGUUCAAAUCAGUGGACCAGCUGCCGAUGAACGUCGGCGACAAGAAAUACGACCCCCUGUUCCCCUUCGGGUUUGGGCUCACGACGGAGGCUAAGAAAUGAGUCGGAUGAGAAGGGAAUCUCAUCGCCAUGGGAUGGAUAUCGAUUGGGCUGUCUGUGAGAUAUGUGAGAUGAUUGUGGUCGAUUUGUUAGCAAUAAAAGAGUUCCAUUCUUGCCUUCUUGGGGAUGUUAGCAGUGUGGGUUGUGCAAUAAAUUCAGGCGCUUUACAUUCU